GGAGGACUGAGUUGUGAGAGUGUCAAAGAAGGAAGGACGUUUCAGUUACAGAAUCAGUGCAGAAGGAUCUCGAACUAUUAAAUCAGGAGCCCUUUGAAAGUAAUCAUGAAGAUACUGGCCUUUAGCCUGGUCUUUAGCGUGGCCUUGGUGUUGGGGGAUGGAGUUUUCGAAGGCUUGGAAAGCAACAUGGUCCCCUGUCAGGAGAAAUGCACUCACACCUUCAACGUCCAUACCAAUCCUGAAAUGGAAGACGAGAUGAAGGCGUGUCAGGGUGGGUGCCGCCUCAUGUCGGUGAUUGCCUCCAUGGAGAGCAAUCCCUUGCAAAUGCUCUUGGAAGGCCAGCAGCAAACCCAUGACGUUCCAAAGGCUCAUAUGGAAUGCGAUCAGAGUUGUCUCAGCUCCUUCCCUGGAAAAGAGAAGCAAAUCUAUGCUUGCAAACAAGGCUGUGUCUAUGAAAUCCCGGCCAUCGAAUCCCGGCAGAACAAGAUCAAAAGUCCCCUUGCUUCGUUCUUUGGAUCGUCCAUGAACGGCAUGCCCCGGGGCAUGCCCGCAUUUGUGCUACGGAUCCCGAGUUCGCUCAGUUUCAGUAGUAGUCCCCGACAACUCCCGACCAAUCCUCAGAUCGAGAGUCUCGCCAAUGACACCGAAGAGGUCGAGAGUGUUUCGGAGGCAUUGAGUUUCUCGGACAUGUUUUCGCGCAUGCACGAGCAGAUGAAUAGCAUGAUGAGCAACAUGAUGCACGGCAUGCCCUCCUUGAGUGGCAUGGGCGUGCCCGAGGGAGCGCGAGGCAAGAUGGUGGUGGUGAAAUCGGGUCCUGGCUUUUCGGAGACCAAGACUUACGAUAUCAACCCCGACGGAUCUCGCACGGAGGUCGAAUCCGAGGUCACACACCAUGGCCAAGUUGUCAGUCACGAGAACCUCAGAAUGAAUGAUAUGAUGAACAAGAUGAACCCGAUGGACAUGUCCAACAAUCUGGAUGAUGACGUGGAAGUAUUCGAACCCAAAACAAAAGAGGUCCAUGACGAACAAGAGGCCGAGGAUGUGGAUCGUGCGAAUAUUGUGGCCGAGAUCCAGAACGAUCACAAGAUCUUCGACUUUGACAUCUUCAAUCGAAAACCAUCCAACUACAAGGACGACUCCUCGUUUGUCCACGGAUUCGACUUCAAGCAAUUCGAAGAGCCCAGAAUGUCGAGUGGUUUGCGACCUUAUCACGGCGAGCUCCGAUGUCUGGAGGACUCUGAAACCAUGAAAUGGUCCGAUUGGGUGUCCUGCCUUCAUAUGAGGAUGGGAUUGCCACGUUGGCUCACGGCAGCCACCAUCAGUCUGGGAAUCGUUUUCAUCAUCUGGCUUUGCCUCGUGAUUCCUCACAGCGCCCCGAAACAACGUGUUAAAAUGACCAAGGCUAUGGAGGCUGCUCAAAGCUGCGAAAACAUCAAAAAGUCCGGAUUGAUCAUCAUGGAGUAUCCCCCCGCCUACAGCAAGCUGGAUUUCCCACCUUCGUACGAAGACCUGCCCAACCUUCACGUGAACUUGCCCGCCCCUGAAGGCGGAGACACCCCGGCUGAGGCUGGAGCCCUGCCUACCAAAGUCCCUUUGGAGAACUCCAAAGUCUAAAAAGAGAGGAAAAUGUUUCCACUUGUUAGAAGUGAUAAGACGAUAACCAUUCAGUUAGUUUCAUUCAUACCACACCUCUUUCCCACCCACACAUAUUCGCUCGUAAUAACUGUUAUACAGCAAUUGAUACCAUUGAAACAAGUAAAACGGAAGGAUAUUAAUUCUCAGCCACGUCAUCAAGCCAAAAAGAACACGAAAUCUGAAAAAAAAAAGAACACCCCCUUAUUUCUGAAAGAAAUACCAACCCUCCAACGAACGACUUUCUUUUGAGUAUUAAGCUACUUAUCAGCCGGAACUAGAUUUGUUGCUCUCUUUUCCAGUGAAGAGGUCUGGUUUGUAUUCAAUUUGUAUUACACAUCAACUCCAUUUCAUUUACUUGGCUUUUUCAUUCAUUUUUUGAGCACCCUUUUUGCCAUAUUUAAAAAACUCCAUUUUUAACGUUUUCUUGUGUGAUUAUUAUCAUUUUUUUCGUGAUUUUCAACGAUUUGGCUUCUCAUAUCUAAGUGUGAAAAUACAGAAUAUUUUUUUCGCUAA